AAAAAAAAAAUCUAUAAUUCUUCGCUACAUAUAUUUUCUAUUUAUUUAUUUUCUAAGCAUACUUUUUUCAUGUUAUGUUGUAAAAGAGCAUCUGAGAAACUAACACUUCAACAAGCUCUGAUUCCAGUUGGUUCCUCUUUUCUCGUGCUUUUUAUACUAUAUUUGUCGUUCAUUGCAUAUUUUUGUAAUAUAAUUAUUCAUUGUAUUAUGUUUUGCAUGAGAAAUAUAAUCAUUUGAAUCAUAUUAGGGUACAGUUUCUUUUUUAAUUGCCGUUUGAAUUCGGUGCAAUUUGAUCGACAGAUUUUCAGGGCAAACCAAAUCUAUUCAUGACAUUUCAUUGCUUUUUCCCUUCAUAUUCACACAAUUAGUGAGUCAUUCAUCGUUUAUAAAGGUCUGUUUAUCACGGGCGAGAAUUUGAGUGGGAGCGAGAGAGAGAGAGAGAGCCUUGACCCUGCUUCGUUUUCAUUGUUAUUGUUCAGUCACAGUGUCCGGAAACUUUUCGCUGGUAGUGGAUAAAUCCAGUUUUUUCUACAAUAGGUAAUUACGACAUACAAAAUAGGUCUACAUAUUUCUGGAGGAACCAAUACGUGUAUAUCGGACAGUAAGCAACUCGUAUUGUAGCUGCGCUACAAGUCCAACGUUUUGAACUUCAUAACUGACAUUUAGAAUGAACAUAAUGAAGUUACGAGCCAUCUCCAAGAAAUGCCUUUUAAUGACGAUGACGAUGGCAACGAUGAUGGACAUCGUCGUUGGGUACACGACGAUUAGACCGAUGACGUUCCUGCCACCAACCCCUCCUCUUACGUUCCUGCCACCAACCCCUCCUCCUACGCAGUUCUUUACCCCCGGCCCUUUUACAGCACCUCCACGUCCCCGAACAACACUGGAAAUGCAUGCAACACAAGGAGUGGCGGCGCCUUUUGAUCUGAAUCCAUACCGUACGACGAUACCCCCACCGUAUUCCCCUCGAACUAAACUCGUCAUCGAGUGUCCUUAUGGAUUCGAGGAGAUCUCAACCCCUUGCAGAUUACCAGAGAACGAUCCGCCCUGGCCAGAAUGCCAUGCUACAACUCUGCAUGUGAUGCAUAGAUUCAGUGAGGACGGGUUCGAGUCCUGCCUGGAUGCUGUAUCUACGAUCCGUGAUUACCUGGGACCAUAUGCCGACGGUUAUGAAACAAUGGCUGUCAAGUACCCCAUUGCUACGGUUGAUUGGUUGGCUAUGGUCAAUUUUACGAACGCACGUCUUCUGCAAAAUGACAUCGCAAACAUCCUGGAGGAUGAGUUUAAUAACCUCUGGAGUAAAGGAUGUGCAGAUUUCAUAGAAUUCGGGGUAACCUGUUCACUUGAAGGAGAUCGUAAUGACUCCAUCUCAACGUCACUUUCAUCGAUGGAAUGUGACGAAGAGUGGUUCUUCGGUCAACCGGAUGCUUUCACACCAGUCUGGCAAAAUGGACCAUUCGUUCUCUUUUUCAAUGGAUCUUACGUUUUACCAACUUGGUGGAAUGACAGAACGACAUAUGACGUAAUUGUUCAGUCGUACUUAUACGAUUCAAGUUAUCCAGAUAAAACGCGGGAGUUUAGAGUGUGUGGUACACGGAAGGCUAUGAUUAAUUGUGCCGUCGUCCUACCAGAGGAGAAAUAUUCCUUGAAAGAUGUCGGAAACUCGACGGUUGUCGUCUACAAUGAAACCGAAUACGAAGAUGAAUUGUUUGAAUAUGUGUCCAACACCUCUAUCAGAAUCUGCGUCACCCAUAACAACUUUUCCACUGUACUAGAACAAGAAGGAGAAGUAGAGGAAGUUCCCACGACAAAAACUGUUAAUGUUCAACUAAUCUAUAGCCAUGUUCUCUUAGCUAUAUCAACCUUGUGUCUCAUAUUAUUGAUCGUGACCUAUUUGAUGUUUCCUGAACUUCGCAACUUCCAGGGAUGUGCUAUACUGAGCUUUGCGUUAUCCUUGCUGAUAUCCCAAAUUUGUCUGCAGUAUGUCGCUCCUUACGCACGUCGCACAACGGCUCUGUGUCAGGGUGUGGCAGUUCUUGCACACUUCACUCUUCUGUGUGCCUUUGCGUGGAUGACUCUUCUUGCAUUUGACCUUUGCCGAAGCUUCCGAGUAACUCAAACCCGCUCACAUCGUGAUCCAACCAGUCGUCUCAAACGCUACGCUCGCCACUCGCUUGUCGGAUGGGGCGUUCCUCUCCUUCUCGUAAUCGUCGCCCUCGGGUUGCAUUUCACCGAGAAUGAUGUCCUCCUGCUCGAGUACGGAUCGGGAAGAAACUGCUGGGUGUAUCCAGUUCUUGCAAAUAUCGUCUUUUUCAUUGGUCCAGUUGUAUUGUCGUUGGUUGCCAAUGUCAUUCUCUUUACCAUCACUGUUGUCAACAUUUGGAGAACGAGAAAAAUGACCCGAGGCGCUCUUCAACAAGACAGAUCACACAAGCAUGUAAUAUCAGAGCUACUCAUCUACUUCAAGAUAUCUUGUUUGAUGGGAUUCAGCUGGUUGUUUGGCUUGGUAGCCGCCCUGGGCACAACGUCCGCCCUCUGGUACCUGUUCAUAACGGUCAAUGGUCUCCAAGGCAUCUCGGUAUUUCUCUCGUUCGGUGUUAAUGCCAGGGUCAGGAAGUUGUGGAGCAAGAAAAUGACGUCAGCUGGGUCUAGUACCAGCAGUGGAAGCUCCAAUAAGACCAAGAAGACCAGUUCCGUUUAGUGGUCUUUCUGAAGACCUCACUCACUUGUGGAAUCGUUUGAAGAAUAUGGAAAUAAGGAAAAGCUCGAAUAUGACUGAGAAUACCAUUUCUGUUAAGUGGUCUUUUUAAAGGGUACGUCACACUAUGGCGACUUUUGACGAAGAAGGCCGCGGGAGAAGAAUACGCUGGAAUAAGAACAAAGACGAGGAGUUUAGUGUAGUGGUAUUUCUAAAAAAAAAUAAGUCACAGUUAAUAUGGCGACAUUUAAAACGAACCGCAAGAAUCUCCCAACCCCAAGAUUACACUGAGUUGACGUCUCUUGUCCUUUCUGUUAUAAAACAUAAAACCAAUGACCCUUUGGUAUACAGGAGAGGUUAUAUAAACUGUGACAUUAAUAUCUUAAAAAUGCAUGUAUGUACAUACUAAUUAUUAUCUGAUGGCUUUCUCAUAAAACGUUAUAUCACAUCAUGAAAGCAAAUUAAAAAAUAUAUGAAUGAACAUUACUCCAUAAGUAUAAAUUACACUGCUAUGCAAAUUUGGAAAUUCAUUCAUGGAGCUACGAUCGAACAGUGUCAGUCUACAUAUUAUGAUAUAUCCACAUGUUCUAUGGUACAAAUAGAAAACAACUUGCACAAUAAUGUGUUGCGACGAAUGAAAUAAUAUUCACCAAAUUGAAACGUGGUUAUGAAUGACUUUAGCAUACAGCUUAAUUCAGCUUCAGGUGUUUUAAUACUAAACUAGAUUGUUUGACGCUGUAUUUCAUUGACAAAAACCAUUACUACAACGCAACUUUACACUUACUUCGGUUGCAUUUUUUAAUAUUUUUUUUUACCAACAAUAAGGAGACAAAGUCAGAAUUAAGGAAGUAAGAUUGAUGUAGGCAUAAGUUAAAUUAUACUUACCAUGUUAUUCACACCGCCAAGUCUUAACACUGACCGAUUCGUGGCCAUUCGGAAUACGAUUUCGUAUUCGGUCUGCUUUCGGUCUGCUUUCGGCCUUGUCGGUUUGACUCGGGUAUGAUAAGUGUCAUCUCCAAAUGCCAUGUAUUAAAUAUAUAUAUUUUUUUAAAGGGAAUUGAUUGAGAAACUGAAUUUAUGAAAGAUCUAUCUGAUUACUCUUACUCACUUUUAAACAGUUAUAAGAUGUAUUUACCCCAUGGUAUGUAUAUAUUAUGCCUCAUUGCUUAAUGUUCAAUAAAUUUCGUGUUUUUCCCCCCUUCUUCUCAAUCGCUCCUUUAUACAUGUCUAUAUAUAUAUAUAUAUAUAUAU